AUUGCGAAGUGCCACAUGUCCAUUGCAAUAGGGAUGGCAUAUUGAGAGUGAAGGAACGCUCUAAUACUUGACAGUUGACACACUAACACAGACAAGUAGAGAAAAAAGAGGAGGAAAUGCAGGGGAACGAGAGAACAAAGACUCGCUACUACAAUCUCCUCCCAGAAAACCGAUGCUUCGUCUGGCUACUCACCGGACUUGCCAUCAUCGCCGCCUCCCUCUUCACAGCCACCACACUUCUCCAAACCUCUGACACCACCUUCCUUUGCCCGCUCACAACUAAAACCCGCUUCGCCUCCGCCCAGCAGUCCACCGCAGCCACCACAACGCCGCUCCAGCUCCGAGCAAUACUCCACUACGCCACCUCCCACAUCGUGCCUCAGCAGUCCCUCUCUGAGAUCACCAUAACCUUCGACGUCUUCAAGUCCCUGCAGCACAGACCCCUCAACUUCCUCGUCUUCGGCCUCGGCCACGACUCUCUCAUGUGGGCCAGCCUCAACCCCACCGGCACCACCCUCUUCUUGGAAGAGGACCCUAAGUGGUUCCACACCGUUCUCGCCGCCGCCCCCGACCUCCACGCCCACACCGUCCGCUACCGGACACAGCUCCAGGAGGCUGAUGAGCUUCUCCAGCACUACAGGAAGGAGGAGGCGUGCUGGCCGGCGCGUGCCACCCUGAAAGGGAACGACAAGUGCAGGCUUGCACUUCACGAUCUGCCGGAGGAGGUGUACGAGAGGGAGUGGGAUCUGGUGAUGAUUGACGCGCCGAGAGGGUACUUUGCAGAGGCGCCGGGGAGGAUGGCGGCGAUAUUCUCGGCGGCAGUGAUGGCCAGGGGGAGAAAAGGAUCCGGUGUGACGCACGUGUUCCUACACGAUGUGAAUCGGAGGGUAGAGAAGCUGUACGCGGAAGAGUUCCUGUGUAGGAAGAAUCUUGUGAAAGGUGUUGGCAGGCUAUGGCAUUUCCAGAUUCCGGCCGUGGCUAACACCACCACUGCCGUUCCCGAUCACGAUGAUGCUCAUCGUUUUUGUUAAACAUUCCUUUUCAGGGGUUAGGAUUUAAACACGCAUUAUUAUGACUAAUUCCUUACGGACACUGUAUUUUUUGUUUUCUUUACACUUACUAUAUCAAUCAUAUCUUGCACUGGAAUACACAACCUGUUACUUCUA